GCGUGGAGAGACUGGGAGUGGCCCGAGGGCCAGGACUGGCAAGGGAACCCCAUACCAGGCUGGGACGAGUCCGGCGCAGCGUCGUCGGGCCCCAAGCCGCCUGGCAUGCAGAAGGGCAUGAAGGGUGGGUCAGCAGGACCACUUGCGAAGGGCGGUGGCAAAGACUGGUCUGGCUCCGCUGGUGCCCAGGACUGGGGUGGCAAGAGCGGCGACUUCGCCAUGGCCAAGGCCGCCUCCGCGGCGCUCGCGUUCAGCAAGGUCGACGUCCAGGGCAUGGAUCCCGAGAUGGUCAAGGUGAUGGAUUUCUUGUCAAGGUACGGCCUGAUCCACUACGGGAACGCUUUCAAGGACAGCGGCUUCGACACGCUGUCUUCGGUGCAGCUCAUGACCGAGCAGGAUAUGCGCGACGAGUGCGGCAUGACAAGGGAGGACUGCGAGGUGCUCACGAAGGCCAUCGCGAUUGAGGCGGCUGGCGGCGGCAAGGGCGGCUCGGAGGCCGCAGGCAGCGGCGGCGCCGAAGGCGGAGGAGUGCUGAUGCGCUCGCUGAUGCAGGGCGGCGGUGGCGCGCAGCCGGGCAGUAUGGCGCACAUGCUUAUGCAGCAGGCGAUGGGCGGCGGCGCCGUGGCGCAGCAGCAGGUCCCGCAGGAGCAAGCCACGACAGAGCAGCCUGGAGACUUCGGCGCGCUCGCGCAGAUGGACGCGUCGGGCUUCGAGGCCUUCGCCUGGAGGCGGCAGGGCAUGCAGGCCGGCAUGCAGGACGGCAUGCAGGGCGGCGACAUGACGGGCGGCGUGGCCGGCAUGAUGGAGGGCUUCGGGGGCGACCCAGCCGCGGCGGCCGCCGCCAUGUCGGCGGCGGCGGGUUCGGGAGCGGGCUUCGACCCCAUGAUGGCCAGCAGUGGCAUCGACCCCAACAACGGGGCCACCACGCUGUACGCGCUGGCGCAGCUCGCAGAGGAGUCGGCGCAGUACGCCACGGCGGCCGCGGCCUUCUGCGCCGUGCCGCGCGACCUGGACCAGGUGACGGAGGUGGCGAACGCUGCCGAGCAGGCCGGCAAGAGGGCGGCCUGGGCCGCGAAGGUCUUGGGACACUGCAAGAGCCUGAAGCCCGCCUGGGACGAGCUGAUGGAGGAGUUCAAGGACUCCACGACGUCGCUCGUCGCGGACGUUGACUGCACCACGGAGGGCAAGGAACUCUGCACGAAGUUCGGCGUCGGGGGCUACCCGACGAUCAAGUACGGCGACCCCGACGACCUCAAGGACUACAACGGCGGCCGUUCGCUCGACGACCUCAAGAAGUUUGCCAGCGAGAACCUCGGCCCCCAGUGCGGCCCAAAGAACCUGGACCUGUGCAGCGGAGACGUGAAGGCCAAGCUGGAGAAGUUCAUGACGAUGUCGGCGGGCAAGCUGGAGGGCAAGGCGAGGAACGCCAAGAAGGUGCUCGCGGAGGACGUGCCUCUGAUGAAGAAGGUGCUCGCCUUCAAGCAGAAGGGCGACGGCAAGACGGAGCUCUAGGGGCUCCGCUCCGGAGGCCGCCAGUCCCUCACAGUUUUGCGACCACCCAGCAGCCGCCCUCACCGUUAUCCUUACUUGUGGAUAUUUUUAUCUAUCUAUCUUUCUUCCCCUCCAGAAUGUCCCGACCUACCGUUAGCCAGGCACCGCUCAAAGCGUGUCGCCGCUUCCGCCCGACGCGCCGCCUGCGCGGGCAGAGCAGCCCCUUCGGUCCGUGCCCGCCCACCUCGCGGGCCGCACCGCCCACUUCGUGACGCCGUGCCCGGGCGCCCGGCGGGCGCACCGCUCCCCCUCGCGCGCACGCCCCGCGGGCGCGCGCGCGGGCGGCCGCCCGGCACGGCGGAGGCGUGGGCACCGCAGGACCCGGCGAGGGCACCCGAGGCCCGCAUGUGCGCGCGCAGAGCAGACAGAGGAAGCGGCCCCCUGGGGGCACUCCCAAUCCGUGGCGCCGCGGCCCUGGCGCCAGAGCUCCGCUCGUCG